UGUAUGAUUGAACAACAAUCGAGUCCAACUACCCGUACAUUGGCUAUUAAUAACACUUUCACUCCACGACUACAGAAAUGGAUAACCUGUAACUCGUUGUCUAUACUGUAUGUGACUCCCAGCGGGAAUUCUAGUUAACAUUGCAUUUAUCAGUACGCAUAACUCGAUUCUACUGCUGCUACUUGAGCAAACAAACACUUGCAUAGGUAUUAAGAUGAAUCCAGAGGAAUUCCGCUCUUUUUCUACAUACAGGAAACCGUACGUCACAGAAGCCGUCAACGAAGUGGUGACGAGAAUGCCAAUAAACAGUACAGACUGUUUACUAGAUGUAGGAUGUGGGUCAGGCGACUUUAUAAAGGCCUUGGUAGGCGAACAACAGUUGAGGCAAGUAAUUGCACUGGACAUUAACCAGGGAAUGAUAGACACUGCUAAAGAGAUGAACAGCGACCCGAGGAUUCAAUAUAUUGUAGCUGAUGCUGGAAAUGCAGACGGUUUUAAAGAAAGCUGGAACAAUACCUUUGAUAAAGUGGUGUGUUACUAUGUUCUGCCGUACAUCAAGAAUUGGAAAUCAGUUACACUGAGAGGGAUUUGUGACUGCUUGAAACCAGGUGGACGUGCUUUUAUCAAUGCUGUACUCAAGUCAUCACACGGGAUUCAAGCAGUAAUUAGUGGUAUGGAUAUCCCAAAAUGGAAACACUACUUUUGUGAUUAUACGUAUCCAUUCUAUAUAGAAGGUGUUAAUAAAGAUGAUUUUGCUAACAUACUGAAAAAUAUUGGAUUCAAGGUUGUUUUUUGUGAGUCAGAAGAUCGGGAUAUAAUUGCCAACGAUGAAGUGCACGCAAGAGCUAUCUGUCGGCAGAUGACACAUCACAUGAAGUGCAUACCAGCAGAGAAACGUGAAGAUUAUUUUGAAGAUUUCUUUCAACACUGUAAAAAUGAAUCAAAGCAAACUGGAGAUGGCCGUAUAAAGUGGCACUUAGAUGUGCUUACAGUUGUUGUAGAAAAAUAG